GACGGUUCUGUAGAUAACACUGUAUUUCUUCAGUUUAUAAUACAUCGCGAUUUUUUCCCAACCUUCAAAUAAAGACUUUAAAAAAAAAAUUAAAAUGUUCGUGUAUAGUACGAUGGUGCUUUAUAAUUACGCGGUGAAGGAGUUUUCAACGAAAGUUCUUCUAGUAUUCAUCACGGUUCUGUUUGUGGUUCGCGGUCUACAAAAGUUGAAAGAGGCUUUUUCACUACCCCCAGGACCUUGGGGGCUUCCGAUUUUGGGAUCGCUUCCGUUUUUGAAGGGCGACCUUCACUUGCAUUACAGGGAUUUGACCCAGAAAUAUGGAUCGCUGAUUUCGACUAGGCUGGGAUCGCAGCUGAUCGUUGUUUUGAGUGACUAUAAAAUGAUUAGAGACACUUUUAGAAAAGAGGAUUUUACUGGUAGACCGCACACUGAGUUUACUAAUAUUUUGGGAGGCUAUGGUGUGAUAAACAUAGCUGGAAAACUCUGGAAAGACCAAAGGCGAUUCCUGCACGACGGCCUCCGCCAUUUUGGCAUGUCCUACUUGAGCUCACGUAAAACUCAAAUGGAAAACCGAAUCAUGUCUGAAGUCGAGGAUUUUCUCCACGUCUUGAAAGCCAGACAAGGAGAAUCGGUUGAUUUGAAUCCCGUAUUCGCCGUAUCAAUUUCUAAUGUUAUCUGUGAUGUUCUGAUGUCUGUGAGAUUUUCUCACGAUGACAGAAGGUUUACAAGAUUCAUGAAUUUAAUCGAUGAAGGAUUUAGACUGUUUGGAUCGAUGGAAGCUGCUAUUUUCAUACCUAUUUUGAGGUACUUGCCUGGACAUACGUCUACUAGACAGAAAAUUGCCACGAAUCGUGAAGAAAUGGCAAGAUUUCUGCAGGAAACGAUUGACGACCACAGGAAAUCCUUUGAUCCUAGUCAUAUGAGGGACCUUCUCGAUACUUAUCUUUACGAAAUUCAGAAAGCAGACGAAGAGGGUACUGGACAUCACUUGUUUGAAGGAAAGGAUCAUGAUCGCCAAAUGCAGCAAAUUAUGGGUGACUUAUUUUCCGCUGGUAUGGAAACUAUCAAAAGUUCACUACAAUGGGCUGUGCUCUUCAUGUUACAUAAUCCGGACAAGAUGUCGGCCGUUCAGGAAGAAUUAGACCAAGUGAUCGGUCGUCAACGGUUACCAAAACUAGAAGAUCUGACGUACCUACCAGUUACCGAAUCUACCAUAUACGAGGUGCUCAGGAUAUCCAGCAUUGUACCAAUGGGAACGACGCAUGCUCCGAUUAGAGACACAAAACUAAAUGGUUUCCAUCUCCCACAACACGCUCAAAUAGUCCCAUUACUCCACGCCGUGCACAUGGACCCCUCCCUAUGGGAGGAACCAGAAAAAUUCAACCCGUCGAGGUUCAUUAACGCCGAAGGCAAAGUCCACAAACCAGAAUACUUCCUCCCAUUCGGAGUAGGCAGGAGAAUGUGCCUAGGAGAAAUUUUAGCUAGGAUGGAGUUGUUCCUUUUCUUCUCCUCGCUUCUACAUUCCUUCGACAUCUCAGUUCCGGAAGGAGAAACACUUCCAAGCUUGAAAGGCAUCGCUGGUGUUACAAUCAGUCCUAAAGCCUUCAAAGUGAAGUUAACCGCAAGGCCGAUGGCUUGGGAAACUGAAGAAUCCAACAUCAGGCCGGCUGGUAGCCAUUAAAAUAAUUUAUUUCGUUCACCAUAUUAGUGUUCAUUAGGUAACUAUGAAAGAGUACAAAAAAAAUGUUUGGGUUCUACCAAGCAUGUUGGAGAUAUUUGUUGUUAUGUAAUGUACGAUUCUUCAGUAGAGAGCACGGUUAUAAUAGUUUCCUAUUACUGUUCAUACAGUAAAUUCUGUACCAUGUACCAGGCAGUGUACUUAUUAAAGACGAUCCUGGUCGAGAAGAAGAAUAAGAAGAGGAAGAAGGACAACAGAUCUCCGAUUUAGAUCGGCUGUGCAAAAGUGUUCAAUUAUCACAUAGUAUUAGGAAUGUUAACUAGUCAGCAUUGUCAAAGGGGUAUCUAAGUGCAUUAUUGCAUCUAAUUCUGCAUCUAGAUACUUCUGCAUUGUCAUCUCAUUUUAAAUCCACUCGGUGUAGAGUUACGUUUUUUUUACCAUUCUAACCAUUUUGUUUUGUUAUCAUUUUUAUUUGUAGUAAGUAUUGCUUACCAGAGGAAUUCAAUUGAAUUUUAUGGCGUCUCAUCGAACUUCAAUAUGUAUGAUUUACUUGUUUGAUUAGUUGAGGAUCUUUGAGACAAUGUAAUAUUUUCUUUGUUUAUGUAUAUUUGUUGGUUUGAAGAAUAGAUUACAAAAGAAUGUUACCCGUAAGUGGACGAGGCUUAUGUCUACAGAAGAUUUAAAUUAUUUAAUUAAAAAUUAUGUAAUAGAUCUCAUCCAUUCAUUACUGUUACCUAUUUUACAUAUUUAAAAAUGUUUUUAAACUUUUGGAUGUAUUUUUAUUUGACGAUUUUACCAAAAUAAAU